GUGCCGGGAGGGCAGCUGGUUGAGUCCGGGCCGCCCGCAGCGCUGGGAGGAGGACCCCGAGCAGCCCCGCCGCCGGCUCCGCGGCCGCCGCUCCGAGCGCCGCCCUCGCCGUCCGGGGCCGAGAGCCCCGCCGGCCCCGCGCGCGGCCACCAUGCUGCUUCCCCGGCUCUGCUGGCUGCCGCUGCUCGCGGGGCUGCUCCCGCGGGCGACCGCGCAGAAGUUCUCAGCGCUCACGUUUUUGAGAGUCGACCAAGACAAGGACAAAGACUGCAGCUUGGACUGCGGGGGUCCCACGCAGAAACCCCUCUGCGCCUCGGACGGGAGGACCUUCCUGUCUCGCUGUGAAUUUCAGCGCGCCAAGUGCAAAGACCCCCGGCUAGAGAUUGCUUACCGCGGAAACUGCAAAGACGCGUCCAGGUGCGUGGCCGAGAGGAAGUACACCCAGGAGCAGGCCCGGAAGGAGCUGCAGCAGGUGUUCAUCCCUGAGUGCAAGGACGACGGCACCUACAGCCAGGUGCAGUGCCACAGCUACACGGGCUACUGCUGGUGCGUCACACCCAACGGGAGGCCCAUCAGCGGCACCGCCGUGGCCCACAAGACGCCCAGGUGUCCCGGCUCCAUAAAUGAAAAGUUACCACAACGGGAAGGCACAGGAAAAACAGUCUCCUUGCAAAUCUUUUCCGUUCUGAAUUCAGAUGAUGCCUCAGCUCCAGCGCUGGAGACUCAGCCUCAAGGAGAUGAGGAAGAUAUUGCAUCUCGAUAUCCCACGCUUUGGACUGAACAAGUUAAAAGUCGACAGAACAAAACCAAUAAGAAUUCAGUGUCCUCGUGUGACCAGGAACAGCAGUCGGCCCUGGAGGAGGCCAGGCACCCCAAGAACGACAACGUGGUCAUCCCCGAGUGCGCCCACGGCGGCCUCUACAAGCCGGUGCAGUGCCACCCGUCCACGGGCUACUGCUGGUGCGUCCUGGUGGACACCGGCCGCCCCAUCCCGGGCACGUCCACCAGGUACGAACAGCCGAAAUGUGACAACACGGCCAGGGCUCAUCCGACCAAAACAAGGGAUUUGUACAAGGGCCGCCAGCUCCAAGGCUGUCCUGGUGCCAAAAAGAACGAGUUUCUGACGAGUGUGCUGGACGCGCUGUCCACAGACAUGGUCCACGCCGUCUCCGACCCCUCCUCCCCGGGCAGGCUCUCGGAACCUGACCCCAGCCACACGCUGGAGGAGAGAGUGGUCCACUGGUAUUUCAAACUGCUGGAUAAAAACUCCAGUGGGGACAUCGGCAAGAAGGAAAUCAAGCCCUUCAAGAGAUUCCUUCGGAAGAAGUCCAAACCCAAAAAAUGCGUGAAGAAGUUUGUUGAAUACUGUGAUGUGAAUAACGACAAGGCCAUUUCCCUGCAAGAGUUGAUGGGCUGCCUGGGCGUGACCAGAGAAGAAGGUGAAACUAACACGAGGAAACGGCACACCCCUAGAGGUAAUGCUGAAAGCACUUCUAAUAGGCAGCCAAGGAAGCAAGGAUAAACGACUGACACAUCCACGGCGGGUCCUAGACACGUGGCCGACUCCCUCACCAAAAAGCAAUUAAAAAAACCAAAACAAACACAUAGUAUUGCACUUUGUACUUUAACUGUAAAUUCACUUUGUAGAAAUGAGAUAUUUAAACAGAUGGCUUUAAUCUGUGAAAAUGGAAAGGCUGGCUUCAGAAAAGUAAUCACAUACAAUGUAUGUGUCCUUCUUUGACCUUCAGAAUCUGUAGUUGGUGGAGAUGUAUUUUGAAUGGAUUUAAGCUUAAUUUCUUCCUCCUAUGCAGGUUAACUUGGCAGACGCCUCGGCCUGAGGCGCUCUGGCUCCAG